AUGAAGGUCUUCCCUGGAACACUUGAUCAGUAUUCACCAGAGGCUCAAUGUGUUUCACAGGGAGCAGUGUUGUCGGUGUUGCAGAAUGCAGCAGAAAUUAAUUACGUAGUUUCUUUGGCCUUAACCGUAAUUUCUCCCCAAGUGAGCGGUGGUGUGUGGAUCGGAGCCAAACGAAGAGCUGAAUGCAUUGGAUCCGGUGAAACUGCGACGUGUACCAAGACAAACACGUUCUAUUGGACAGACAAUUCAGCAACUGGAAUCGAUGGAAUGAUUUUUCAACUGAACGAGCCUAAUAAUGGGAACAACCUAAAUGGAAACCAAAACUGCGCCUUGCUUACUGUAGCCCACACACCUGCUAUCAGAGCAGUUUCAGUCUAUUGGUCCGGUCAAAUGGAUGUAUGUUGA